AUGCUAGUGGUCCUGGCGAGGGCAUCUUCCACUUCCCUAGGCUUCGUGAGCCCUUCGGGGAGUCGUAUACUGAAAAUUAUCCAUUGGCUCGCCAGAAAACAUAUUUCAACAUCGAAAUUGCCAGCGUUUAAAAUCAAAGCAGACAAUGAGACAAAACGAGGCGGCAAUUCGACCCGGAGACAAACUGAACACGCUUCGACUGAUCAAAACAAGGAGUUAUAUAAACACAGUAUAAAGUGUGAAAAAAGUUAUUGGGUUUUUUUCAGCUUUCUACCAACAGCCGUUUUUCAAAUAACACAGUCGCCUCUUGGAACACCAAAACAAACAUCAGCAGUGAAUGAACGAGUAGCUCUAAUAUUCAAACACAGACUGUUCAAGGACCGCGUUCGACUCUUUAACUCUGCAAUACUCAAGGACGCUGACACUCUAUAUAUCAAUAUCAGAUCCGUACAUAGUGAUAUUAAUUGUUACUACAUGGAACAAGCGGUGAGAAUCAACUUCGAAGACCAUUGGUUGCCGGCUGAAUUUGAGUCUGUAUUUGUCGCUCUUCGGGGCCUUUUAACAUAG